AUCGUACCCAUCACUGUGCCCAUGUCAUCAGGCUACACGGUCACGGUCACGGAGAACGAAAGACAGUAGACGGCAUACUCGAAAUGCGCAGAUCAGCCUGCAUCUGAACGUCGUCCAGAAGAUUGUGACGCCCUUGACUGACACGACGAUACAUUGCGUUUCAAUGUCCUAGACGCUUUCUCCUUGCGCAUCAGUCUGUGAGACCAUAAGGACCGUCCGACUGCCCGCGGCGAUGGAGAGCGCCCCUCUGACUCUUGCUCAUACUCAUGUUCGAAAUGCUACUCACGAAUUUGACAAGCGCAAUCUUGUCGCCGCGAGCGAGGAGUACGACUUGGCCGCGGCCGAAUUUGCAACUGCCGCUCAGGACUCCGCGGACUGCGAAGCGCUCCGGAUUCUACGCCUGCUAGAAGUAGAACACAAGAGACUGGGAAAGAUAUUCCGCGAACAUCAUGAGAAACCCAAUGCAGAAGAUCCCACUCACUCCUCGCCGUCCGGCGCCACCACCUCAAAUGCGACGACCUCUACAAAGCAAGACUCUGACAGACCUCCAUCACCAGAGAGUACCGUCCAUCCACCUCGACUUCCAAGGGCUUUGAGAUCUAAUGCGCGCGACCUUACUUCGUCCAUCGCAAGCAACCUGGCUUCUGCUCGAGGCAUCCCCAGCGGCCGACAAAAGAAGCCGACCCCGAUAUCACCACUUGUGUCGAACCAACAUGCUGAUGGGCAGAUCGGUCAGGACGAGACGAGAGCAAAGCCCGUGUCUCGACAGGACUCAGCCACAAGCGAUGCCCUUCUUGCCAUGUCAAAGCAAUCAACAUCACGUCCGUCAUGGACACCUCCCGUGCCCCCAGAGCAGCCAGCCAAAUCAGCUGCUGGUGCACAGGCCGAAGAUCAGGUCUCUGAUGCACCGUUUCAACAAUUCUACUCCACAUUCGAAUCACUCAUCUCCAAACUAAGCGCACCACUGGCGUUUGCCGGACUGCCACUCACCACACCCUCCUCUCCUAAACCUCCAGCCCCGGCCCCAGCAUCACCCACACCCAAGUCACCCAACACUCACACGCGAGCAGCCCCAGCAGCGCCAUCCGUCGACUACUCCCAACUCAUCUCCCGAGCAGCCCUCCGCGCCGUCUCCGGCGGCGGCUCAACGAACCCCUCGGAAUCAUUCUACGUGGUCCCCACCACGGGAGGCACAAUAUCCUACGCCGAGAUCAUGAACAGAGCCGAACGCGAAGAGGCUCGUGGUCUCAGAGGGCACCACCGUCAGAUCUCGAAUCUCUCAAACAUCUCCGAAGACGAUUUCCUCGACGCACAAAGCACCAUCCUACCCAAUCGCAGCCGGGAUAGCGGCACGAUUGGUCCACCAAGUCGCUUCACCCGCCGCGGCGCACCAGACGAAGCCAAGGUCAACGGGAAGACCAUGGAGGAAUUGAGUCUCGAGAACCAAGCGCUCAAGCACCUCUCCGACACACUCUCGCGGCGCCUACACGUCUUCGAAAUGUCCGCACAGACGUCUAGUGCUGCCCUGGCGCAGAGUAUCCGGUCACUACAUCGUUCACCACUCACGACACCGCUGUUAUCGCCUGAGAACUCGCGCGGCAAGCACAGCAACAAGGGCUUAGACGUGGGGAUCGAUGAUGCGACGACAAGACGCAUUGCCGAACUAGAAGAAAUCCUCCGCAAAAGCGAUGCUCGGGCCCGUAAGAAGGAAGAGGAGAACGCGAAGUUGAAGGAAACGAUUACCAAGUAUAGAGAGAAGUGGGACAGCUUGAAAGCUGGGGCCAAGGCGAGGAGAGAGAGGGAGCGCGAAGGUCGCGGCGGCAAGACUGGUGAAAAGGCUUCCGACGCUGCUGGAGGUACGGCGGACGAUGCAUCAGCUGGCGGAGGAUAGUAGUGUAAUUCUCAUGACGAGAUCAAACGGAAUUGUAUCGAGACACGCUCGA